AUGAAAGGAGUUUCUAAAUUGAAAUAUAGGAUUGUGUAUUGUUCAGGUGAAGAUUAAGACUAUCCUGUGACUGAAUUGCUCACUUAAUCACCAUAAAGCAGAGGUUGGCAAGCACCUAAAUAUUGUGAAUAUCCACAAGAAAUAGCAAUUUAAUUUGUUAGUGCUGCAAGAGUUAGAUAAGUUUAAUUCUUAUCUCAUCAUUGCAAAAUAUCUACAAAAGUAUCAUAUAUUAAGAUUUAGAUUGAAUUGUAUGUUCAUAUGCCAGAUAAGAAUGUACCUCCACAAUAUAAUCAAAUCAAAUAUAAGAAAUUAGGAUAUUUAUCUCUUGAUUCUAAUGAGAGAGGAGGAUAUCAGGCAAGAGAAUUAAAAAGCGUAUAUAUUGACACACCAUGUCUAUUCAUGAAAUUUGUAUUUCAAAAAUGCUACGUGAAUAAAUUUAAUCUCUUCAAUUAAAUUGGUGUAAUUGCUUUAUCUGUGUUUGGUGAACCUCUCGAUUCCCCUCCUGGGUAUGGAUAGAUGAAAUAAAAAGAAUUUUAUAAUGAAAUUUAAUUUGAAACACAAUUCGAUUAAAAUACACUAGAAAGAUUGCGAUUAUUAGAGGAAGCAAAGGAUAAAGGUAUUUCUAAAUUAAAAAUAAUUAGCUGUGUCAAGGGAAGAUUUCAUGGAAGCAAAGAGAAUAAAAGAGGCUAUAGAAAGAUUAAAAUAAAUAGGAGUUCAAUUAAGAACAUUGGAAGAGAGAAAGGCAGUGGCAAUAUAGAAUGAAGACUAUGAUUCAGCUAGUAUUAUCAAAUAAGAAAUAGAAAAAUUAAGGAAUGCUGUAGCUCCAGAUUCUAUGAUAAGAAGACCAGAUAGUGCAGUAAUAUUAAAUAAUUAAUUUAGUAAUAUUAAUAACCUGUUUAUUAACCAUAAUAAUAAUUCUAAUAAUAAUAAUAAUAAUAAUAAUAAUAAUAAUAAUAAUAAUACUAUUAAUAAUAAUAAUAUUAACCACAACCUGUUUAGUCUUAAAUGGCUUUUGCUCCUCCUUAUUAAGCACCCCAACUAUAAAUGCCAAUAUAAGGUGAUGAAAUGAUUUCAUAAUCAUAAUUUGAAGAAUAAAGAGCAGAUCCAUCAUAAAUGAAACAAAAAAGAAUAGCAAAAGAACUCAAUUAACAUCAUGAAGAUAUGGUUGUACCAGCUGCCUUAAGAAAGUAAAACAAUAAUUAAUAUCCUGAUGACGAUAAAUAAUAAUAAUAAUAAUGUAUGAUCAAUUUUUAAUUAAAGAUACAACUGAACCAUUAACAGGAGACAGUCUAUAAAAAGCUNUUUAUAAUUUUUAUAUGAAAGGAGUUUCUAAAUUGAAAUAUAGGAUUGUGUAUUGUUCAGGUGAAGAUUAAGACUAUCCUGUGACUGAAUUGCUCACUUAAUCACCAUAAAGCAGAGGUUGGCAAGCACCUAAAUAUUGUGAAUAUCCACAAGAAAUAGCAAUUUAAUUUGUUAGUGCUGCAAGAGUUAGAUAAGUUUAAUUCUUAUCUCAUCAUUGCAAAAUAUCUACAAAAGUAUCAUAUAUUAAGAUUUAGAUUGAAUUGUAUGUUCAUAUGCCAGAUAAGAAUGUACCUCCACAAUAUAAUCAAAUCAAAUAUAAGAAAUUAGGAUAUUUAUCUCUUGAUUCUAAUGAGAGAGGAGGAUAUCAGGCAAGAGAAUUAAAAAGCGUAUAUAUUGACACACCAUGUCUAUUCAUGAAAUUUGUAUUUCAAAAAUGCUACGUGAAUAAAUUUAAUCUCUUCAAUUAAAUUGGUGUAAUUGCUUUAUCUGUGUUUGGUGAACCUCUCGAUUCCCCUCCUGGGUAUGGAUAGAUGAAAUAAAAAGAAUUUUAUAAUGAAAUUUAAUUUGAAACACAAUUCGAUUAAAAUACACUAGAAAGAUUGCGAUUAUUAGAGGAAGCAAAGGAUAAAGGUAUUUCUAAAUUAAAAAUAAUUAGCUGUGUCAAGGGAAGAUUUCAUGGAAGCAAAGAGAAUAAAAGAGGCUAUAGAAAGAUUAAAAUAAAUAGGAGUUCAAUUAAGAACAUUGGAAGAGAGAAAGGCAGUGGCAAUAUAGAAUGAAGACUAUGAUUCAGCUAGUAUUAUCAAAUAAGAAAUAGAAAAAUUAAGGAAUGCUGUAGCUCCAGAUUCUAUGAUAAGAAGACCAGAUAGUGCAGUAAUAUUAAAUAAUUAAUUUAGUAAUAUUAAUAACCUGUUUAUUAACCAUAAUAAUAAUUCUAAUAAUAAUAAUAAUAAUAAUAAUAAUAAUAAUAAUAAUAAUACUAUUAAUAAUAAUAAUAUUAACCACAACCUGUUUAGUCUUAAAUGGCUUUUGCUCCUCCUUAUUAAGCACCCCAACUAUAAAUGCCAAUAUAAGGUGAUGAAAUGAUUUCAUAAUCAUAAUUUGAAGAAUAAAGAGCAGAUCCAUCAUAAAUGAAACAAAAAAGAAUAGCAAAAGAACUCAAUUAACAUCAUGAAGAUAUGGUUGUACCAGCUGCCUUAAGAAAGUAAAACAAUAAUUAAUAUCCUGAUGACGAUAAAUAAUAAUAAUAAUAAUGUAUGAUCAAUUUUUAAUUAAAGAUACAACUGAACCAUUAACAGGAGACAGUCUAUAAAAAGCUGAACCAUUAAUACCUAUUUUGACAGAGGAAUUCUGUUAAAAAAUAUUUAGUAAAUAAUGGGGAGCUAGAGAAGAUGGAUUAAAAUGGCUUGAAGAUUAGAUUGGUAGACCGACUUAAGUCAAUUCUUAGGAUUCAUCUAUUUUCUUUUUAAGUUCAAUAGCAUCUAUAAAUUAUACUCUGGGUGAUAAAGUUGCAGCUGUUUCAAUAAGAAGUUUAAGUGUAUUACAAUCUUUACUUGCAAAAUAUCCAAAAAUAAAAAUAAAUAAAAGUGCUGAAUUCAAUGAACAUAUUGAUGGAAUUUUAUAGUCUUUGAUGGAAAAGCUAGGAGAAUAAAGAAAGGAAUCAGCUGAGAAUGCAUUCUUGUAAAUGGCUGAUCAUCCAUCUGUUGGUCCUGCCAUUUGUGUUUAACAUUUAAUUAAAGGAUUUGUUGGAAAGUCUAAAUUAUAAAGCUCAACUAAGCAUAUUGUAGGGAGAUUAGCAAUGUUGACAGAAUUAGUAAAGAAAUAUGAAAUUAAUAAUGCUAAUAUGCCCUAUUAACCAAUUGUUGAUUUUGCUGUAAAAUUGUUGGACGAUAAAGUAUACUCUUAUUAAAUUGCUUUAGAAUGAACCAAUUAGAACGUAAGCCAUCUUACUCUUGGUAGAAGUGUAUAAAUUUACUGGAAAUAGACUUAAACAAUCUUUGACAAAUGUCAGAUAAGCUCAAUUAGAUGUUUUAGAAGAUUUCUUUAAUAAAAUUGAUGGAGGUGGAGAUUUUGAUGAUCAACCAUAAAUCAAUUAAUAAAGAGCAAUUAUUCAAACUAAUAUUGAAACUUAAGGAGCCAAGAAAGGAAAUCAAAAUUAGACAUAGAAUUAAAAACCAUAGUAAUAAUAAAAAUAAUAAUAAUAAUAAUAAUAAAUUGAUUAAUAAAAUACAACAAAAUGUGAAUUUUGUGAUAAAGUUGAUCCAUAAUUUAAAAAUACAGAUUAUUCAGAUAAGCAUCUUUGGUCAGAAUGUCCUAUGUUAGUCACUUGUUCAUAAUGUGGAUAAGUAAUUGAAAUAGCUGAAUUAACAAACCAUUUGUUGAGUGAAUGUGAUCAUAAAAGAAAAUUUAAGAGAUGCCCCAAAUGUAAAGAGGCUAUUCUUUUGAGUGGUUAUGAUAAGUAAUGAAUUUAUAAAACUUAGACAUUUAGAAGAUUGCAGAGGCAGAAAUGAUAAUACAACAGUGAGAUGUCCUUUAUGUCAUUAAGAUUUGAAAUUAGAGAAGAAUACAUGGAAAAAUCAUUUAAUUAAAUAAGGAUGUCUUAAUAAUGAAAGAACUGCAGGUUGAC